CGGCUGGCCUCCACCAUGGACUUUCCGCGCGCAGGCGCCCGGCUGCAGGUCCUUCUGGGACACCUCAGCCGACCCUCGGCCCCAGCGAUUGUAGCUCAUGCCGUAUCAGGGCCGGCUUCCCCUGCCACCUUCUAUCCUCAGCAAUUCCAGUAUACUUUGGAUAAUAAUGUCCUAAGCCUGGAGCAGAGAAAAUUUUAUGAAGAAAAUGGGUUUCUUGUUAUUAAAAACCUGGUAUCUGAUGAUGACAUCCAACGUUUUCGAGCUGAGUUUGACAGAAUCUGCAGAAAUGAGGUGAAACCACCGGGAAUAGUGAUAAUGAGAGAUGUGACCAUUGCCAAACUGGAUACUGUACCAACUGAGAAAGUGGUUUCCAAGAUCCAGGAUUUCCAAGAAGACGAGGAGCUCUUUAGAUACUGCAACCUCCCCCAGAUUCUGAAGUAUGUGGAGUGUUUCACUGGACCCAACAUUAUGGCUAUACAUGGAAUGCUGAUAAACAAGCCUCCAGAUUCUGGCAAAAAGACAUCCCGGCAUCCCUUGCAUCAGGAUCUACACUAUUUCCCCAUCCGGCCCAGCAAUCGCAUUGUGUGUGCUUGGACAGCCAUGGAGCACAUUGACAGGAACAAUGGUUGUCUGCUUGUGUUCCCAGGCACCCACAAAGGCACUCUGAAGCCACAUGGUUACCCCAAGUGGGAGGGAGGAGUUAACAAAAUGUACCAUGGCAUCCAAGACUAUAAGCAAGACAGCAAUCGGGUGUACCUGACUAUGGAGAAGGGAGACACUGUUUUCUUUCAUCCUCUGCUCAUCCAUGGAUCUGGUCGGAACAAAACCCAAGGAUUCCGCAAAGCGAUUUCCUGCCACUAUGCCAGCUCUGAUUGCAACUAUAUCAACGUGAAGGGCACCAGUCAAGAAAACAUCGCGAAGGAGAUUGUCGAGAUAGCAGAGAAACACAGUGGACUCAAAGGCAGCGUUGACUUUAAGGAUACUUGGAUGUUCCGAGGCAGACUUGUGAAAGGAGAAAGAAUAAACCUUUGAAAUAACCCUUCGAGAGUGAGGUAUGGCAGUGAGUGCCUGUAAUCCCAGCACUCAAGAAGCUGAGACGGGAACAUCGCAAGUUCAAGUACAGCCUGGGCUACAUUGCAAGACAACCCCUGCCUCCUCCCCAAGCCCCAAACAAAAAGAAUUAGCUCUUCAUUAUGAUUCUCUUAAAGGAAACAUCAAAGCAAAGCAUGAGUUCUAAGGAAAAUGUUUUCCUACUGAGAUGAUGUUAAAAUCAAGCACCUGUUAUUAAAAUCAAGACACGUGUACUGGGGACUUGAUUGCAUGGAUUUAAUUGUGUGGCACUAUUGCUAUUGUGGAGUGAAACAUCACUGCCUUAAGAAAAACUAACUUGGGUGUAACUAAUAAAGGUGACAGAGUACAACGUAAA